CGGCCGAGGACAGAUGGCCGCAGCCCGGGCCUGACGGAUGAGCAGUCGGGCACGUGAACUCCCACCUCCAGUUUGGCUCAGUGCCCGGCGGCAGCGGCAGCCCCGCGGUGCCCCCCGCCGUCUCCGCCCGGCUCCUGCGCGCCGCCUCUGCUCUUUGCGUAGUAAUUUCAGUUCCUGCUAGCACCCAGCUCGCUCCCGGAACGCGUCUGAAGAGGACCGCCGCUGCCGAGCCCGCCCGAGCCAUCGGUGUGGCGCCGGGAGCCGCUGCUCGGGAUAUGCGACGGGAGGCCGCCGGCACAGCGCAGGCAGUGGCCCCGCCGCGCCGGGGAGAGCCGGGCGACAGCAGAUUGGUCCUUCAGAGGAAUCAUCUCUGAUUGCAGCUUCACUGUGAGCUACGACUGCUUCCCAGUGGGAGCGCUGCUCAGGGGAGAGCUCUGAGAUUUUCCCAAAGAGAAAUUCCAUGGGGACUGUACCUGACCCUCUGAGAUCGGCUAAAACUUCCCUGAUUGCAGCUUCUGGAAAAGAAGAGGACCUGGGAGAGGUUCAGGCUGCUUCACGUCAGCCUCAACCAGCCGUCCUGGGUAGGAACACCAAUGGCCUUUCUGGCACUCCUGCAGAGCCAGACCUCAGUCCCAGGACAGCUGCUGAGGCCCUGAUGCAGGCCAGUGAGGAGGAGGCCGCGCAGCCAGCCAUGUCGUCUGCUGGCAUUGUCAACGAGGUGGGGAAAGCAUCUCCCACGUUCAACUCUCCUGGCAAUACCCAGCUGCCAGGGAGCAGGGAGCCCGCAGCGCCAGCCCCGUGUUCUGCUGCAGGAAAGGAUCUGAUACACGUAGCAUUCACCAUACCAGCCAAUCAGCACACCCACCCGGCCAUCCCAGGGGACCAGCCCAACUCCAGCCUCCCAUCAGGACCUGAAGACACCCUGGUGAAAUCACAGAGAACUGCAGACGGAGAGCAAGCUGAGAAGUCAAGUUGUCCGCUGGGAGGGGUCCGUGGCAAAGAUCAGGUGCCCCCUUAUUUUCCUUCUCAAGAAACGAUCCAGGGAAUGGUGCAACCUGCAGAUACAGCAGCCAAGGCGCUCAGUCCUGCCUCCGCUCCUGUAGGUGGACCUGAAGGGGAAAGGCAGCAAGCCGUUUGCGAUUCCCAGACAAGGUCCUGUGAAUCUCCAGCCAGAGAAGUUAGAUGUUCGGAGAACAGACCACCCUCUCCCACGACCUCAGACCCCCAGGCCGUGACUUCGGUGGCACCUCAGUCAUCCCACCUCCCUAGCAAAGGGUCCGUGUUUCCUCCGGAUCCAGAGAAGAUGCUGCCGCCAGCACAGCCUCAGGGGUCGAGGUUCAGAGAAGUGAGUACGAUGACCAGCCAAGCUGAAAAUGAGAUCAAGGAAGUUCCCCCCAGGGCUCAGCAAGAUGCUGAGGUGCAGGCAGUGGCCAGUGUCGAGAGCAGAUCGGUGUCUACCAGCCCCAGCAUUCUCACUGCGUUCUUAAAGGAAACCCCCGCUCCAGAGCAGUUCGAACAAGAGCAGCUGCGUGUCGUCUGCAGCGGCAGUGGCCGCAUAAGCCACACGUUGGAGCUGUCUGCAAGCACCCCAGCCCCCCGGGAGGCGGGUCAGUGCCUUGGCAUCACGCCAGAGGUGCACAUCCAGUCAGCUGCGGCUUUCCGGGGGGAAGGUAAAUCAGCGAGCCUACCGGCUGAGGUCCUUAAAACCUCAUCAAUCCACGUGGCAUCCAGUAAUGCUCAGGCUACAUGCAAAGAAGAUGGGAGGUCAGCGGGAAUGACCCAGGUGGGGCAAGAGCCCGCCUCUAGACAACUUUCGGGUACUAAUUCUACCUCCCUGAAAGCUAGCCUCAGUGACCAGAUUUCUAUCAGUGCAGGAUGUCAAGCUGAAACAAGUCACGGAUUAGGGAAAUUUGAAACGAAGCCAUCUGAGUUUGCAGUGGGAACCACCAACGGCCACAAACCGGACCCAGACUGGAAACUCUCCAACUCUUGUGGCCCUGCCAGCAGAGCUGACCAGUCCGGGAACUUGGAUCUCACGAAUCAAGGGGACGCAAGAGAGGAGAAGCUUGCAUCUCCUCAGAUAGUAAGAGAACAAGAAUCUUCUGGCACCGAUAUCCUGGACCCGAGGGCAAGGGCAGAGGCCAAAACUGUACUGCUCAAUCCUAAAUCUCAAGAAAGUAGAGGCACCGCAUUAGCUGCCAGUCCUACACCCUCCCCAGUCAGGAGGAGCCAGGAGGGCGGCGUGGAAGAAAAUAGACAGCCCAAGACAGCCACCAGCCUAAGCCUGCCGUCUGAUUCCAUGGGGGACUCCAGUCCCGGUUCUGGCAAGAGAACCCCUUCUCGCUCCGUCAAAGCCAGUCCCCGCCGGGCCAGCCGGGUCAGCGAGUUCCUCAAGGAGCAGAAGUUAAACGUGACGGCAGCUGCCGCCCAGGUGGGACUCACUCCGGGAGAGAAGAAAAAGCACCUGGGUGCUGACGCCAGGCUGCAGUUGAAACAGUCCAAGCGUGUCCGGGACGUGGUGUGGGACGAGCAGGGCAUGACCUGGGAGGUGUACGGCGCUUCCCUGGACCCAGAGUCCCUGGGCGUCGCCAUCCAGAACCACUUACAACGACAAAUCAGGGAACACGAGAAAUUAAUCAAAUCUCAAAGCAGCCAGAGCCGGAGAUCCAUCUCCUCGGAUACUUCUUCAAAUAAGAAGCUCAAAGGCAGGCAGCCCAGUGUUUUCCAGUCCAUGUUGCAGAACUUCCGACGGCCCAACUGCUGCAUUCGUCCUGCUCCUUCUUCUGUAUUAGAUUGAAAAGGAACAUGUACGGGAGCCCUUGUAUGCUUUUACGGUCUUCAUAGAUAGCCCUCUGUCUAUGUCAAAGCUUAGUGUUUUCUGAGAGACCAGGAAGAGAAAGCACUAACUUGAGGAAACUGCUAUUAAGGAUUGUGGCAUCCUUGGAUUGGGGGUCCAUAAAUAAUACAUCAUUUCAGUUUGAAAGAAAGAAAAGUAACAAGCUUCGCCGAAGGCUUACGACCUUAACUAAGAGGAAGUAACACUCAGUGGGUUUUUUACUAUGAUGUUGCUUAUAGAAUAACAUGAUCAUUACCCGUGUCAUUUUGUAUUACUCAUUCAAUUUAUCACACUGUGGUAUUUCCAUUAAAAUCCCUGCUUUAUAUUAGAAAUAGCAAAAACACUCUUAGCGAAAACACGGUUAUACUCUCUAGUCCAUUGCAAUAAGAAUGCUGAUACCACACAAAAUUCAAGUAGGUGAUGAGAAAUACCAUGUAAAAAAUGGAAACAGGGCUUCCCUGGUGGUGCAGUGGUUGAGCGUCCUCCUGCCGAUGCAGGGGACACGGGUUUGUGCCCCGGCCCGGGAAGA